AUGCAGAAGUAUUACGUAAAGCAUGCUGACGGGACGCUGACGACCCAUUACGGCGUUGUCCCAGGCACUGCAGCUUCGGGCGUGCCUUCGGCCUCUGCUGCAUCUGCUGCACUGCCUGCAGCUUUGCCAGCAGCGUUGCCAACGGCGCUUCCUACGUCGUCCGCCUUGCCUGCCGCCUUGCCAUCGGUGCGCGCGGUCUAUGCAGCGCCGCCGAAGGCGGCUCAGGCUUCUGGUGCCGUCUACGCGGCCCCACGUGCAGGUGCUGGUGCAUCGCUGGUCGCACAGCCAAUUACCACGCGGGCAUCUGCACAGUCGGUGGCGUCGGUUCAGACUGUGAUGUCUCAGCCGACGGUAACCAAGAUAGUGCAGCCGACAGUGGCGAAGACAUCUGCGCCAAUCACCUUAGUGGGAAACUCGAAUAUGGCAACCCUGUGGCCGCUGUAUGAAGCAAAGAUGAAAAGGGAAGGUCUCAAUGACGCAGCUAUCGCUGCUUUCAAGUACAACUUCUCGGUCCUCACAUCCGGACAAAACACGAUGAUUCCAGAGAGCUCCAUCAGUCCUGUGGAAAGUUUGCCCAGCUACGAGUCCAUGGAUGUUGUCUUGGUGGUGCUCAAGCUGAACGGUGGCCUGGGCACGGGCAUGGGACUGGAAAAGGCAAAGUCCUUGCUGCCGGUCAAGCAGGGCUACACUUUCCUGGACCUGAUUGCUCAGCAGGUGGAGUCCAUGAAGGACGCCUUCGGCACUAAUGUGAAGUUCAUGCUGAUGAACUCCUUCUCUACCUCUUCCGACACUCUGGACGCACUUGCCAAGUACCCCAAUUUGGGCACAGGUAGCGACCUGGAGUUCGUGCAGAACAAGGCUCCAAAAGUCACUGAGGAGGACCUGAAGCCUGCGACCUGGGCUGCAAACCCAGAAAACGAAUGGUGCCCUCCCGGGCAUGGAGACCUUUAUCCUGCCAUGGUGGGGAGUGGCACGCUGGACAGGCUUUUGAUGCAGGGAAUCAAGUACAUGUUCGUAUCCAACUCUGACAACCUGGGUGCCACGCUGGACCUGAAGCUUCUCAGCUACUUUGCCAGCACAAAAGCACCCUUCAUGAUGGAGGUCGCGACGCGAACGGAUGCUGACAAGAAGGGCGGCCACCUUGCAAAGGACAACAAGACUGGAGGCCUCCUCUUGAGGGAGACAGCCCAGUGCCCUGACGAGGAUGAAAAGGAGUUCCAGAACGUGGCCAAGUACAAGUUCUUCAACACCAACAAUUUGUGGGUUGACCUGGAGGCCUUAGCUGACCAGUUCCAGAAGAGCGGUGGGGCGCUCCCGCUGCCGGUCAUGAAGAACGCGAAGACCGUAGACCCGCGCGACAAAAAGUCGACGAAGGUCCUGCAGCUCGAAACUGCAAUGGGCGCUGCUAUUAGCUGCUUCCCCGGCGCUACAGCAGUCGUCAUUCCCAGGACUCGCUUCGCUCCGGUGAAGACCACAAACGACUUGCUCGCCCUCAGAUCAGACGCCUAUCAGCUGACGCCAGACUUCCGCAUUGAGCUGGAUGCGAAGAGGGAAGGAGUCCCUCCCAACGUGAAACUGGAUGGCGCCUACAAAUUUGUCGAUGCCAUGGACGGCAUGAUCCCCAACGGACCUCCAUCCUUGAUCGACUGCAAGAAGCUGGUGAUUGAAGGACCCAUUGUGUUUUCCCCGGGUGUCACGAUCAGCGGCGAAGUGACGAUCAAGAAUGCGAGCAGUGAGAAGAAGGCGGUGGCGCCAGGCGUUUACACGGACACUACCAUAACUCUUUAA